UUAUUAUUAAUGACUCCUAGUUUAAAGUAGAAGUGGACUUCUUAAAGCUUAUGUAAAACAUAAACUACUUGUAGGGGAGCUUAUAGUGAAGUGGUCUAUUAAUAAACUUAAGAAAUAUACAUACCGCUAAAAAUUUAACGUUGAAGGAAUUUAAAGUUUUAAGAAAUAUUCGGAAGUGUUCUAAGAACUAGGCAUAUGCACUAAAACUUAAAAGAAUCAAGGAUAUAAAGUUUUCUCUUAGAUGGUUGCCGACAUGUCCAAGGACCAUAGCGAAACGCUCACUCCCUCUUCAACUGUACGCUCUCCUCCAGCGAAAAGCAUUUCUGCUACGGAUUCUUCCUUUGCUGUCAGCAAUAGAGAUAUUGAAGAUAAUAAUUAUCUUAACAAGUGGCAUGCUGGACAAGUUAGUUCAUUUUUCUGUAAUAAGCAAACACCUAGCGCAUCAUACCAACCGGCGCUAAAUCGUGAAGGGACACUUUUGCACGCUAACAAACCCAUACGACCGCGUAUACCUUUAAGGCACGCGUCCUUUCCAGAGAGACCAGUCAUUACGACGUGUACCAAUACAAGUGGUGUUUUCUCCAGCGGCCCUUUUAGAGAUCCGUCAGAAUGUACUAAAACUAAAAGUGGAAGUGAGGCGAAUUUAAAAAGAUGCGCGGAAGAAGAUCCUGAAAAACUUUUUAGAGAAAAAAUUGCUGAAAAAAUAGGAGAUAAACUUAACUCUGACGUUCAGAGUUUAAACACCUUUCAAGGCUUGCAAAGGAGGGCAAUGAAUUUUAGAAGCCUUACGCCCGUUCUGCUGCCAUUUCACCUUUUUAAAAAAAAAAGACCCUGCACCCAACUAGCAGAAGAAGACGAUCGCAACUUCGAAAAAGCAUGCGAGUUGGCCUACAACUGGAGCAGACAGAAUUUCUAUAAGUUUUCGGAAUUAGUUAUUGAGGAAGAGAGUUGUAACCGUUAUAUAGACGAAUACCUCUUAUCGCACGCAGCUUUGCAGACUAUAAAAAAAACUCAAGAUGGUUUAUAAUAUGAAGAGGAAACGGAUAUUCUUGCGUUUAAGACCCCGGUGCCCCUUUCGAACUUCAAAGAAAACUCGGAUGGGAAUAAUAUAGAAUUCGAUACCAAUUAUUAUACUUUUAUUAGUCAUUAUAUACACUAUCCCUCUAAAAAAAUUGUUUUAAAUUUUUUUAUAGAAAUUCUGUAACGCCUUAGUUAAU